UGCCUUUUGGAUGAACUCCCAUGCAUGCAAACACUCAAACAAAUCAAACCAAACCAAAACCAAAACCAAAAACAUUCCUUUCUUAAUCAAUUUGCUUAGCUAAAAUCUCCAAUAUUCAUGAACCAAAGUAACAUGAGAUCAAGGCAUUUGUUGUUUUCAUCAUCUUCAUCUCCAAUUUCGACGGAGCUUGCAACACAAAACACAAGAGGAUCUCCUAAUUUUCCUAGUAAGGAACUUUGGGCUGGUUUUCUUGUCACUCUUGUUGCCAUGGUGGCCGGUGUUGUAUUGUUUACUUGCCUAAAGAGGCAGUGUUUGAAGAAAUGGAAGAAAUCAACGAAAGGUGUCAAUUUAAGGAAGUUGGAUUUGAGAAGGUUUCAUUUGGAGGAGUUGCAAAAGGCCACAAUGUCAUUCAACAAGGAAUGUUUGCUUGGUUCUGGUGCAUUUGGGAAUGUUUAUAAGGGGGUCUUUGAUAAUGACCAAGUAUUUGCAAUCAAGAAGUCUCACCAAAGUUCUUAUCAAACCAUUCUAGAGUUUAGAAAUGAGGUUGAGCUGCUUUCAAGAGUGAAGCAUUCCAAUCUUGUUGGGUUGGAAGGCUAUUGUGAUCAACAAAACCAUAAGAUUUUGGUUUAUGAGUAUGUACCUCAUGGAUCCCUUCUUGACUACAUUGUAGGAAGAAGGAAGCCUUUAACUUGGAGACAAAGAGUAAACAUUGCAAUUGGAGCAGCAAAAGGCAUUGCACAUCUGCAUGAAGGUGUAAAGCCAAGCAUAAUUCACAGGGAUAUAAAGCCAAGUAAUAUAUUGAUUGGUGAAGACUUUGAAGCAAAAGUAUCAGAUUUUGGUUUAGUGAAAUCAGGGCCAAUGGAUGGUCAAUCUCAUGUAAGCAGUCAGAUUAAAGGAACACCCGGAUACCUUGAUCCUUCAUAUUGUGCAAGUUAUCAUUUGACACCAUUCAGUGAUGUUUAUAGUUUCGGUAUUAUUCUUCUUCAACUUGUCACUGCAAGGCCUGCGGUUGCUAGUACGAGAUCGCAAUCUCGGUAUCACAUUAUUGAUUGGGCAAGAGCAAGCUUGGAAAAAGGCAAUGUAGCAGAUAUAAUCGAUGCGAACUUACUAACAGAACCAUGCAACAUGGACAUGAUGCUAAAGAUGGGACAACUUGGGCUCAAAUGUGUCAUAAAAUCACCGAAAAACCGACCUACGAUGAUCGAAGUGGUUCGAGAACUAGAGGAAGCACUAGAAGCUACAAAGUCUUAUGAAUGCAAGCAAGAACCAAGAGUAUCAUCACAUGAAUCUAUUGAAAAAGACGAAGGUUUGAGCUUUAGCAUCAAUGGCAUUGGAUUAGAGAAAUUUCAAGUGGAGAAUGAUGGCCUUUCUAUCAAUAGUGCAAGCAUGCAAUGCUUUGAUGUAAAUAGUAUCAUCUUAGGUGAAAGAGAUGACUUGAAAAUUAUCAAUGGAGGAAAUGAUGGAGCUCAUCUUGGUACUUCAAAUGUGGUAUUGUUGUAAUAUGGAUUAUAAUUUUGAAGCUUGAUUUACA